AUGAUUUGUGACUCGAGCUUUCGGUUCUUGAAUGUUGUUGCGAAAUGGCCUGGUAGUGUUAAUGAUGCCAGGAUUUUUAGAGAGUCGGAACUUUGCCAACAACUUGAAUCAGGUGCUUUGAAUGGAUAUAAUUUGGGUGACAGCGGCUACCCCUCAAAGCCGUACCUGUUGACACCAUACCUGGCAACCAGAAGCCAAAAACAGGAGCGGUACAACAGAGCACAAGUACGAAGGCGUGUGGUGAUUGAGCAGUCCUUAGGGAUCCUGAAGAGGAGGUUUCUCUGUUUGUCGUAUGGACUUAGAGUGGAGCCUGAUUUUUGUUGCACAAUCAUAGUGGCAUGUGUGUUUCUGCACAAUUUCGGAUUGAGUAAUGGUGACACCUUGGACCCAAAUGAUGACUUUAAUGAUGACCAGCCAGAAGUCCAAUUGAACUUUGAAGGCACAAGGAAUGGUCUGCUGUACAGAGACAUUCUUGCAGAGCAGUACUUUUGA